GCAACCUGUCCAAGUCGGCAGAGUCUACGAAAAGGUCGGUGGAAAGAAAGAUGACCUUUGGUUGAGAAAUGACAUUGGAAGCGUGGGUUCUUGGUUUUCCCAUUUCCCCGGUUGGAAGUUUUUGAUUUCCCAGCGACGAACAAUGGAACCUUUUGGCUCAGGCUGCUCGGACACCACAGGAAGCACACUGGAACCCCGAGUUCAAACUGGUUCUUUGAACCGAGUUCAAUCUGGUUCAAACUGGAACCCCCUUUCCACCUGAAAACCUUUGCACUGUGUGCGCUUUAACUCGUCAUCUGUUUUGCCUGAAGGCUGCCGGCCAAGCGGCGUCGACGGAACGGAACGAAGCUUCGUGUGACAGGUCUAUGUGCCGGUAUGGUUCUCAUGCUCCUAGCCGGUAAGGCUUCGUGUGACAGGUCUAGCAUGGUCUAGCCCUAGCUGCAAACGAGAAAACUUCAGGCUAAGAGCCCAGCCCUUCUCAGAAGCCUUUGGACGCGCAUGUCAUCUACCAGGGUGUGAGGAAUCCUUUGGCCAGGUCUCCAGAUUCGAUCUCCACAGGGCUGCACCAGUUCCAUGUCGGAGUGCUGAACUUGGAGGAUAGGGGUGUCCAGAACAUUCACAUGUUGGAUGGGACUAUCAACCAUUCCUUUGGACCCCCUGGUGCCUCAGGUUGUCAGUAAGCUCAUCCGGGUGGAGUGGCAGACGAACCGCACUGGACCUGCUGGUGGUUCUCGAGAGGCUCUUUGCUUUAUGGGUGAAGGAAUGUUCAUGAUUCUGCUGAGUCAACAUCAUCCAGAGCUUUUUGGCACCAUCUCGCAGGAAUGGGCCCACGAACCGCGCUUGCCCUUCUUCACGGGCAAUUUGAUGAUGCCAUGGUAUCUCGGAGGAUUUUCGGAUGCCCCAGAGAUCUGGUUCAACCGCGAGCAUCCAGGCCUGGUGGACUUUACCGAAGCCUUCACCUUUUGCCCGACCUUCGAUGAAAUCAUGAUCCACAAUUUGGCUGUGUCACCCAUGACCUACCCCAUUUUUGUGGUGGAAGUGGCCCAAGUCUUGCACCGUGCGAGGUUGGAGUUCGAAUACAUGGCCAUGGACGGCGCUUAUGCCGAAGCUCCUGCCUUUGGGCGGCAGGUCUAUCGCUGUGGGAAGCCGGUGCUGGGGAUGCACUUGAUCCGGCAGUUUCAUGUCGACGUGCCCUGGAGCAUUCGGCUUCUGGACUUUUGGAGCAAAGCCCAGGGUCUUUGGGGUCCAAAGAGAUCCGUCAAGCGUGACCUUCCUAGACGCUUGGAUAUCGUUGAAUAA